UCCUUUCUUAUAUUCUCCAAUCAUUCUUCUCCUAUAUCACACUAUAUUAAAAUUUGUAUUAUUCCUACCACCCAUUCGAAUACUACGGUAAGUCGUCUACUUAUUGGCGGGCAGCUCUGGCGUUGCGUGACCCCGCCCACCAGGUGGCCGUUCGAAAGUGUGUAGUUGUGUAGUGCUCUUACGUACACGACACAGCAGACCUGGCUCUGUGUUCUGAACAUCUCAUUUGAAACAGUGAAGAGCCGUAAAGAAACCUAAAAAUAAUUAUCCAUCCUUCAUCCAGAAAUGGAGAAAUAAGUUCAUUAAAACGUCAUGAAUAUGUAAUCAGUGGGAAGACAUUUUUUUAUGGUGGACCAGAGGGAAAAUAUUGUAGAUCAAAGUCGUCUGGAGGAGAUCUGCCAGCAGGUGAAGUACGACAGGGGGGUAGGAGUGGUUUAAAGACGAAGGAAAGUGCAGGAAAUUAUCACCAUAACGUAUACAAUCAGUCGGAAAAAGUAAAGUGUUUUGAGAAUCAGUGAAUCGAAAAGGAGAUUAAUCUUUGAAUCUUGUGAGACGUGUUGCGAAAAAAAAAACGGUUUCUCAGGUUUCCAUCGUCACCCAUUGGUAACUACAGUCGUUACAUUAACCUCAUCGCUGUUCAAACAUCAUUAAUUCAUCGAUAAUCUUGUUAUUCGGCGAUCGUGAAUGGAUUCAACGAGAAUAAGUGAUUGAUAUAAACGAGGAAAAGAAGAAAAAAAACCCUAGUGUUGAAUUGACUAGCCGACGUCAGCUGGUCUUUCGGCGUGAGAGAAUCAAGAUAGAAAUGGCGGCGCUGGUGGCAGGUGUCCAGUAUGGUUUGUCAUCGCACAACAAUUUUCACGAGAAUAAGUCCCUUAUAUUCGUCAAAUUAACCGAUUCCGCCCAACGAGCUAUCGAGGACUUUCUCAAAAAUCGGAACAAAACCAGUCAGAAUCCUACGAUACAAUUCUCAGGAAACGAGGGGCAAUUAUCAUUCCCAUCUUCUCAGUCAAGCCAUGGAUCAGCGGGGUUUACGUUUACCCUAUCGGGGAAUCAAGAUAUGGAGGGUCCCCAGGGUAGUUUUGAGUGUGUACAGCAGGCUGGGCACAAAUCCCUGCAGAAUCUCGGGGCAUUGCCAUGCAAAAUGCGAAUACAGGCAAAAGACGAUGUCUACGAGGCAACCAGACAUCGUAUGGCAGCCGUCGAUCAGAAUAACAAGACUAAAUGCACCAGGGUGAUAAAGGCGAGUGGUCCUGGCAUAGGGCGCAAAGUUAAAGUGAAAAAUACAGGACGAACGAUACCACCACCACCACCAGCAACUUCGAGACAUCGCGAAACAACGAGCAUUCCAAGUUCCAUGAGUCAAUCGUCGAGGCUCAUGCCCUCAUCCGCAAUACCUCGAUCUCAUGCAACGACCCAUCCAUCAUCGCAAGCAACUACCAAUUCCAAUUCCUCGCCCUCUUACAAGUCAAUAUCUAAUAACAAUCCUCUAGCGCGUCAUCAACCUGAAAAAAAAAAUAGUGAACUUUGUAGGAGGCCGUUGAGAGAACGACUCAUCCACGUGCUUGCACUGAGACCGUACAAAAAGCCGGAGCUUUAUGAUCGUCUUAACCGAGAGGGAUUGAAGGAUCGCGAGAGAAGCGCAAUUACGAAUAUUCUAAAACAGAUAACCAGUAUGAAGGAUAAUGCCUAUGUUCUGCAAAGGCAUGUGUGGAAUGACGUGCAGGAGGACUGGCCAUUUUAUACCGAGCAAGAUAGAGCGACAUUGAAGAGAAGAAAACCCCAAAAUUUGACUCCACCAGGUUCUAGCGAUUGUUCAAGUGGAAGUGGAACAUCGCCGAAUUCAACUCAUCCAGGCUCACCCCCCGCAAUAAUUGCCCCACCCCCCAGUCUCAAACGUCCAGGCUACCACCAAGGUAACGAUGGAAUAACAACCAAACGUCUCCGAAUAUCUCACUAUCGUAAGCCAGAGCCAAACAGCGCGACAGGUGGCUCAAGUGCCAAUAGAGAAAACGUAAGGACACCAAAUAUUAGUUCGGAUAAUGUGAUGAAAAAUGAAAAUGAUUGGGAUGUCCCAAGACACCAACAACGUGAACGUACCGAUAAUCGUCCUGACAGAUCAACGAAUAGUGAAGCGAUUAGUGGGAUGUCGAAUAAUCUAACAAAUGCCAACUACGCGAGAAACAAGUCAUCAACAACACCAACAAGUGAUGUUGAAGAAGUCAUCAGUGCACGUUACAAUCAGGAAAUGUCGGCAUCGAGUGCUGCUACCAGUAGAAAUCAUUUUCAAAGUAAUUACAAAAUGUCUGUCAGUGAUAACAGUGAUUUUAAACCAGCAACAAGUGGUAGUUAUAGAGCUAGUCCAGUUGGUAAUGGUGGUAGAAAGGAUGAUCGUGGUCGUAAUGAUAAAGAUAGAGAGCAGCGUAAAGAACGUGAACAACAUGAUAAACGUGAACAAUGUGAAAGAGAUAAUAGUGCGUCUGGUACGAAAACCUACAACGAAUUAUCCGGUGUUGGUACUGCCAAUUUAACUGUUAACAAUACCACACCCAGUUUGUCAUCGCCAACUGUAACAUCUGCUGAUGCGGAGGAGCCACCAACUGAUUGGGCAGUGAUGUACCCUCGCAUCACCACACCUGAAGAAAAAAUACGUUACAAAGCGAUAUGGAACAGAGAGCAUCCCUAUUACAUGGAGAUGUACGAUCAAAUUGCCAAGGAAGUUACUCUAAUCCACCGUCUGAACGCACUUAAAGAGAAAGAGUUAGAAAAGGGGAAUAAAGAAAAAGCCAAGGCUAUUUCUCAACAAAUUCAUGCUCAAUAUUAUCACGUCAGAAGUGACCACGCGAUACGAAGAAAAAAAUACAAUGAUCUACACGCUAAAUUAACACAAAUAAAAGAUAUGGUCGAAGACUGGGAUAUACGAUACAUGAAUAGCGAGGAUACUGGAAAUUCUUCUUAUGAUGAUCACAUUAGAAAUGAUGAUAGGUUGAGAUACUGACAUAAACUCCAAUUACUAAUAAAUCAGCACGAAAAAUCUAAUUCUUGGAAUAAUCAAUACGUUGCGGAGAUAUUUGCAUUUUAAUUUGAGACGAUAAUCCAGGGUUAUAAACGAGUGAUAUAUUUAAAAGUCACGAGAAGGAACAAAUUUUUAUGAAUUGAAAUGAUUAUUCCUGUAGCGUCACUCGAGAUGCCAUUAAAUUUCUAAGGUAACACGCAUGAAUAAUUAAUGAUGAAAGAAAAGAAUUCGAUGUUUCUUCAGUCGCUGAGUCAACUGGAGAAAUGUGCGGAGUGAAAACCGGUGACAAUCGGCAUUAAUCGAGGUGGUGAAAAUUAUUGUAAAUUCCAUCCGGUUUACGAUGUGCCCCUGAAAAAAAGUACCAAGUUAUCUAUAUUUGUCAAUCACGAGAACGUCCGAGUGUAUCGUCCAUUGAAGAAAAAUGUUGAGAAUGAGAAAAAAAAGGCGUGAGGCAAAUAGUGACGCUGAUGGUGGUUUCCAUUUGAUUGAAAUAAUUCAAGUGAGAGCGCUUUAAUGCGAAUUACGUAUCGUGAAGAUCUCGGGUGAAACUGAAGAGGAUUAUUGACAUUCAACCAAUUUACUCAUCGGUAUGUUAUUUGAAAAUACUCCAUAUCAAAAGAAAUCAUCGGUGACCACAAUUUAGGAAUAAUGGCUCUACCGACUCUGCGUCUGAAUCAUUUUUUUUCUAUUAUUUUGUUUAUAACUUUUCAACAUGAGAAACAAAACGGGAAAUGGAUAUGAAAAACCAAAAUCGUAAAUGAAAAAAAAAUGCAUAGUGACGUAACUGUGCCAAUAGAAAUCUUGUACAUUAAAUUGAAUUUUAGGAUAAUUAAAGGUUUAAACGAUCAUUAAUGGAGGUGAUACCAGCAGCCAAUGUCUACGUGACGGUAAUGAUAACUUUAUAUAGAAGGAGAGGAAUAUUAGCGUAUAAGAAUAUUUGUAGGAUUGAUGUAUGAAGUAUUGAAUGAGUUUGGGAUCAGUUUAUCUUAUUUAAUUACGUAUAAUUGUCGGAGGGGGGAGGAUUGAUUGGACAAUUGUUGUAUAGGAUUGAAUGAUGAUUGUUCAGUUAUUUACUUGUUAGUUAAUAUUUCCUCUUGAUAUUGAUUACCAAUCAUCAUUUUGUUCUAAUGAAAAUAUUGAUCAUAUGAUUGUUGCACUUAACGUGUCAUCCCGGUUUUUUUCUCCCUUCAAGUGGUUGGUUGAUCUUUGGUUAUUGCUGAUGCUUUUGUUCACUCCAAUCAAUCCGUUUCUAAUGCCAAAUUGUCAAUAAGUAAUUUGUAACUAUGAAAAAAAUCUUCCAACCUUCUGAUCGAUCAUCACAUUUUUACAAUUUUAACUUCAAUCAUUAAUUAAUAUCAGUAAGUUCCAUCAUUAUCAUUGAUUGUUUACUGGUAAUUAACAAAGAUUUGCAUUUUUGAGUUUGAUUCGUAAAUUUUUAUCGAUUGAGUAAUGAAGUGGUAAAGAGUGUCUAUUGAUUUUUCACACUGUUACAAAUUAUUUAGAUGAUGAAUGAUUCUCGAAGGAAAUAGUAAAAGACAUUAUUACUGGACUAAUAGAUUCACGAGGGAAAAUAUCGGUGGAUGAAAAACAUCACGCUGGAUCAUUUGUUCAUGCAUAAGUGCAUAUCUUGUUAAAAUAUUUAAGUGUAAAUAAUAAAAUUAUGCCACUUUACUACUUCAUUAAACUACGCACAUUUUAAAAUUGUUCCUGACUUUUGUUGCUCAUUAAUUGUAUUAUUAGGUAUUCAAGUGCAAAACUCAAUUGGGUUGUGCAAAGAAAAAGGAAAGUAAAUGUAAAUUCUUCGUUAGAAAUUAUUAUUGAACAAAUUUUCAAUGAUUUUUAAAAGCAAGAUGUGAAAGGUUUACAAUCAUAAAUAGAAGAGUACCUCUUUACAACUUCAAAAAGAAAAGGACAGUGGCGAAUUUCACGAACGUUGUAGUUAAGAAAUUCAUUUCUUCUCACCUCAGAGGAGAGACAAAUAAAAUGUUGAUAUGUUAAUGGAAUUGUUGGCUUGUUACGAUGUAUUGUGGCACAAUGGAUAUAUCUCCUUUUUGUUUUGUUUUUGUUUUUAUGCCGAAAAUUGACCUUUCAGGUGGCUUGAUUUCAAGGUUUUUAUUUCUGCUCUCAAAAUAUCAAAGAUUGAAUUAAAAUAAAAUAGUUAUUACUUUUUUCCGGAGAUCCACACAAUGUUUUUAUUGUACGAAGUCUCAGUGCUAAAGUUUUGAGAUGUUGCUAUUGUCUGUAAUUCGUCAAAAGAAUUUGUCUUGAAAAAUUCGACCUAAGCAGUAGUCAUUAUGAACAUGAGUAUAGAACCGAUCGAAGAUGGCUCAUGAUGACGGAAUAUUAUGAUAGUUGAUUAAUUUUCAAACGCUUUCGUACUGACUGAAUGGUUUUGCAAGUGUGUGCUUAGUUCUCCGCUGAGAAAAUUUUAUUAUCCAUUGUCAAUUAUUAAAUUAUUUCACUAAAGAAGGAUGUGCGAAAAGAAUACAAGAAAAUUUCUAUUUGCCAAAAGUUUCAUUGGAAAUUGUUUAAAUUUAUCUCCUUUCACAUUUUGCGACUCUCUUUGAGCUAAAAAGCUAAAGUGGCGAAAAAAUUACUCCUUCAAUUUCAAAAAUCGUUGGAAUAAUGUGGAUUGGAUAAUUUUAUCACCAAAAUUAAUUAUCAUUUCUUUAAAUAUAACGCUGAAGAUUGUUCAAUUUUUUUGUGCAGGAAAUAAUUGAUGGAAAUUUCAAGUGCCAAUUAUAAUCGAUACACCCAUAUUAUACAUAUUAUAUCGGUUAACAAGUGCAUCUAAUUAAUUGGAUGUCGAAUGGCAAAGAAUCAAUCAAAUAAAUUUUAAAACGCAUACAGAUAAGAAUGAGAGAAUCUGGGUAACCAUAAUUGGCAAUGAAGAGUGAGUCGUGCUCUGCACAAAGUGCCUCAGGUUCACCCGAUGAAAGAAAAACAAGAGUGAAUAGCAUGAAAUAGAAAUUAUUUACUCAAUUGAAGGAGGCAAAGUAAAAAAAAUUUCUAUGUUCUAAUUCUGGAGUUGAACGUUACCAUAAAUAAAUAUGUAAAAAGAUGAAUAACCUUGUUUACUAUAAAGAAAAACAUAAGACUCCUAUGAAUAUUAGAGUCGACGAAAAAAAAAAAUAAUAUAAUAAGUGGAAGGGUGAAAGAAUCGUUAACAUUAAAAGUGCGAAUGAAAAUUUAAUUUUUCUUCUGUGAUUGGAUGAGUAAAAAACUUGAUUAAUUUUCACCAAGUACAUUAAUUAAUGGAAUAAGGCAUGAUAAGAGUUUCGUCCUUCGAUAAUCAAACAUCCUGUCCAGUUUUACACUUUUUAAAAAAUGAGAACAACAACUCAACAAAAUGUCUAGUUUCCACGUGUAAUCUACUGCGGCAUUGUUGCUGACAAUACAAAUGUACAUAGGCAGCCUCAUUCAUGAUGAUGUAAAUAUUCUGCAACCGAGGGAGUCGGUGUACUAAAGUGAAUAUUAAAGAAAAAAAAAUACAGACUUGAAAAUAAUCAUUUUUUCAGGUUUUAAAAUUCUUAAAAAUAAUUUUAGACUGAAACGUAAUUUUCUAGUUGCUGGGUAAUCGAUAUAUUGACUCCCUUUUGCAUUUUCCGUUUCGCCAAACUUGAAUAUAAUGCAGAUAUCAGCGAAAGAAGAAAAAAAAUCAAUUAUUAACGAAAAUAUCAUAUCGAAUAGAAAAUUCUGGAUAUUUUGAAAUUUCAGUGUUGUUUAGUUUUGACUCAAAUAUGCACAUCACUGGAGCUUCAAUACUGAUCAUAAACUAGCAGAAGAAAGAGAAGAAUCAUAUUCGUUAACUGUAUUAAAUAAUUCUUUUUGACUGUGAUGAUAUUAUAAUUAAAGUACAACAAUUGAUUUCUCUUCUCAAAUGUAAUGAGAUUGCUGUAGCAAUUUCAAAGGACUUUUUCUUAUUCAAAAAUGAAUUUUCGAGGCUCACAUUCAUUUGAAACAUCAGGCACUAAGUGAUUACUUAAUUGAAAAAUGAUUCCCCUGUCAAACUUCAUGCAUUGGGUAUAGUUAGCUAACAAGGAUCUUGGGAUGUAGUCGGUGCGGGGCAAAAUGGUACCAAACCUCCCUUUGUAGAUCAUCGGAUUGAGGUGAGACUGAGGGAUAUAUUCAAGUAACUCUACCCUUACGUUAAACACGAAAUCGCGGAAAAAUCGGAAUUUUUGGUUAAUUUUUCUAAUGGGAAAAUGUCAAAAAAAAAACUUCAGUAUUUUACGAAUUUUUGCAAGCACUGAAAUAAUUCACAGGGUAGAAUUACGGAAUAAGGGUAGAAUUAGUCAAAAAGCUCUUAAGGUUGAAUGAAGACUUUCAAAUUUCACCGCAGUGUCUCCUUAAAGAAAUGUUUCACGACAUUUUCCCAAAAGUCUUUUCUCACAGAAAUUAGAAAAAAAAUUUACUCUGCCAACUUCUUGAAUCACUGAACGAACGUGAAUCAUUAUUCUCUAAAUACUGAUUUCGUGUUGUGAUUAUAUUCAAUUUUCUAAUUCUUCGAUUGAUCACUUGGGAUUUAAAAAACAUCAUUUCAACGAAUUCAUUUUCCACACUCCCCUCUCAAAAUAAUCACAUCGUACGUCUCACUGUUUCAUAAUUCGUAACGAAAAAAAUGAGAUAACACCAAGGAAGAUUAAUUCUAGUUCUAAUUUUAUAAAAAAAUUAUUUCGGAAUCGAAACAAAGGCACUUUUGUGGACAACCAAUAAUCUGAAAAAAAAGCCAUUAGCCUGGUACCAGCAUGAAGGCCAAGUUACUGGUCCCCAUUGUUUAUUCAUUAAUUAUUAUUUAGUUGUGUGUUAUUAUUUGAUUUAAUUGUUAAUGCGAUAUCAUGAAAAACCACGAUGAAAGAUGGACAUAAUUACAACGUGUAGAUAAACAAGAAAAAUACCCUCCUCCUUUUUUCUUGAAAGAAAAAAAAACUGAAAUAAUCUUUUAAUGACGACGACUGCAUUGCUCCCCUGACAAAGGCUCGUAUAUUCACUAUCUAUAGUUGUAUUUGCAAUUAUUACCUAUAUUAAUAUUCAUUACGUAAAGCAAACAAUGAAAUAAACAAAAAAAAGUAAACAAAAUGAAAAAUAAAUUUUUAAAAACGAAUGUAGCUGAUAUAUAUUUUUUUUUAAUGAAUUGAAGAUGAUUAGGGACUUCAAAUAUUCUUAGGGAAUGUAAUCGCAGAAUUGCUGUAAUUAUCAAUAACUGUAUUUCAUUACGAAAAAUUUCGUCAAAUCCGUUGUCUCGAUUGCUACAAUUUAAAUUGCUUUACUCCGUUAAUUGGAAGUAAAACAAAAUAAUUUUCUCAGAUCACAAUAAAACUGUGAUAAUUAUUAUCUAUUGCAAGUUAUUGAUCAAAAUUAUUAGGAUUUCGUCUCAAUUAAAGGGGUAAGAAUAAGAUGAUCACCAAAAAUGAACGAACUCUGUAUUGGAAUAGAAAAUUUCUUGGCACUUACGUCAAGUUGUAAAAAUUGUUUGAGGCCCAUUGUAAAUAAUAUUAUUAAUGAAGGCCAGAGAUGAAUAAUUGAAGUUCAAUUACCAAUGAUGAAUUCGUAGCAAUUGAUGAUUUCAGUUGAACAUUUUCAUAAAGAUAUUCAAUUCAGUGUCGGUUAUAUUACUGCAGAAUAUUUAUUGUCCCUCUCCAAUGCUUCUACUAUUUCUAUCCGAAUUUGUUUGUGCAUUCUUGUUAAUUGAAAAUGAGAGAAUCAAGAGGGAAAGGUGUAAGGUGGAUAGAUAAAGGUUCACCUCCUUCGAUUGAUACAUUUAUGUUAUUGGGCCUGAUAAAUCACGAUUCUCGGCCUUUGUCGUUCGAUUCGAUCGCGAUUUUCGGGUCUGUAAUAUAAAAUUGUUACACCAUCUCCUGUGUGCAUGAUUUUGGGCAGAACAUUUUGAUUUUUUCAUUCGGGGAGGUAGCAUGACAAAUUGAUGCAGUUACAAGUGAAAUUGAUGUAUGGGAAAUUGAAUUCAUCAGAUUGUUAUCAAGCCGGAAAGACGAAAUAAAUUUGGAUAAAUUCUGCCUAAAUGGAGAAGUUUAAGAGAAAUAUAAAAAAAACAGUGUAAGAAUACAUGUUAAAACUUGCCAAGCGCAUUGCACAAUGCACUAUGAAGACGGUUAACGCUGAAUAAAUGAAAAAUAAUGAAAGAUAAAUAGACCGAUAAAUUACGGAAUCAACUGGAUAUAUGCUGAGAAAAAAAUUUCACAAUAUAUUGAUGUAUAUAUUUUAAGUUUGUAUUAUAAACAUGUCUCCAACUUAAUUUGUAUGGAAUGGAGAAUAUAAUUAAAAUGAUUAAUGAGAAAA